UUUACACCACGAGAGGCCACAAUGAGGUUUGAGAACAUCCUCACUGACAUCAAUGGAUUUGGAAGAUUUCAGAUAACAAUCAUUGCAAUCAGCUUCCUCGGCCGCUUCACGCUGCCCUGCCACUUCAUGCUGAACAACUUCAUAGCAGCCGUGCCCUCUCACCACUGUGACAUCAGCUCGCUGGAUGACGGAGGUAUUUUUAGGAAUUUGUCGCAGGCAGAGAAACUUAUUGUUGGUGUUCCGGUCCAGGAGGAUGGGACUCCAAGCUCCUGUCAGAUGUUCACAGAGCCGCAGUAUCAUCUGYUGCKCAACUCCUCCAACGUUGCCGACCUUCCCACAGUGUCAUGCCAGAAUGGAUGGGUGUACGAUCACAGCACCUUCAAAUCUACUAUUACCUCACAGUGGGACCUGGUAUGUGACAGAAGAAGUAAAAACAAGGCGACUGCUACCAUCUUCUUUAUUGGGGUGAYGUUUGGAGCUCUGACUUUUGGAGGUUUGAGUGACAGGUUUGGCCGCAGGAUCAUGCUGCUGGUGUCCUACGUGUUUGCGAUGCUGUUUGNUGUUAAAAGAUAA